GUGCUCUCCAAGCUUCAAGUUGCAUGUUGAUGCUGGGCGCCCAGCAACCUGCUACAUGUCGACGCAACCCACUCGCCCGCUUCAAGGUAUGAGAGGCAUCAGGCAGAUCAACAGGUCCUCAUAACAUCCAGAUCAGGUGAUCUCUGAUCGAAAUCUCAUCUGCCCGGGCCGGUAUCCUUGUACGACCCCGGCGCUAAUCGAUUGCCGGAGGUUCAUGUCGAUUCGACGAUCCAAUUCAACCUGCGAGCUUGCGACAUCUCGCCCGGCGAUCCGGUCGAAUGUGGCACCGGAACCCUGGCUGGGAGACUACUUAUAGUCGACGUGGUGCUCAUAACACCAAACCGGUCAAGAAACAAACCGCACUCGAACCCGCCUUUGUCCUCAUUGGGGACAGUACCACCGCGAACAACACCGUCACUCCCAACUCGGGCGGAUGGGGUGACGGCUUCUGCGCCUCGCUCCGACCGGGAGUAUCUUGUUCCAACUUUGGGUCGAACGGAGCGACAACUGGGACGAUCGUAGACAGAGGAGUCUACGGGGAUGCUCUAGGUAGGGUCAAGGAACAGGUCGGGAUGGGCAAAGCGGUCUUCGUGACUCUUCAGUUCGGACACAACGACCAGAAAGUCGGACCUCCCGAAUCGACGGCGCAGAAUCUGACGCGAUUCGUGGAAGAUAUUCAAGGUCUGGGCGCAAACCCGAUCUUGUUGACGCCGCUUAGUCGGAGGUCGUUCAACGAGAAUGGCACGAUCGCGGAUCAGUUGGCUGCUUGGGGCGAUGCUGCUCGAGGUGUCGCUACGGCGAACAACGACCCGCUCCUCCCGCUCCUUGAGGCCUCUAUCCAUUACCUGGAAAGCAUCGGUCAAGCCCCUUCUCAACUCCUCAAUCGACUCCCUGCCGACCGAACACACUUGAAUGUGGGCGGACAACAUCUGUUCGGAAGGAUGGUGGCGGACUUGAUGAGGUUGUUUGUACCUUUCGAGGAGAGAUAUGGGACUAGCGAGCCUUUCGUCGUGGAUGCGCCUUUGAGCGAGGCUAUCUGGACCGGGAAGCAAUACGUCUACACUGCAGUCUGCCCGAGUUACAAUGCUAGCGAUUGCGAGGGAAUCGCACCCGCAGGAACCGACUACACAAAAUGAACGUUGUCCUUAAGUGUAUUGGAUGCACAACAAUUCACGAAACAAAACAAUACAAAUGAUAUAGCCCAAAACUGUAUAGCCCAAAUACGUAAAUCUGCUAUGAAGCCAACGCAACAUCGUAUUUUCCCUUCUCGCGCGGUGAUAGUCGCCAACUUCCACUCUGGCGGUCCAUGCCAUUACUACUGUUCUCACUUCACUUCACCAUGAGGACGCCUUUCGCCUCUGCGACGCCUCUUCUACGGCUUCCGCUACCGGUCCCAGGUCGACCUUCCCGACUUCGAUCUCGUCCAACAAGUCCUGCAGUCCGCGCCGAUCGGUCAG